AUGAACCAUUUCCGUCUCGGUUUCUGGCAGACCCUGCUGGUCCUCGUUACUGUAGUCAAUGCCCAGUUGCUGUCCGAUUCACACUCCAGGCCAUACAAUCCCGUUGGGCAGUCGGUGCAGACCAGCAGCGGUCUUGUCCGAGGCCAUGCUGCAUCGGAGCCUACGGUGUCUGAAUAUCUGGGGAUCCCCUAUGCCGUCUCACCAACAGGAAUCGGUCGAUUCGCACCCCCUGUCCCAUAUAACGGCACCGGCACCAUCCUUGCCAACGGUUAUCCCCCAGGUCUCAGGAUCCUGUCUAAUUUGUGCAGGGAUUGUCCCGCCAAUAUCGCCAGUCUCCCAGCUUACCCGGGACUGACGCGGCAGGGCGCGACGAUCUUCAAGACCUUUGCGCAGCAGUUGGGCACGCCCCAGAGCGAGGAUUGUCUGUAUCUGAAUGUGUGGACUAAGCCGACGCAGAAGUUGAAGCCGGUCUUGGUCUUCAUCCAUGGUGGCCGUUUCAGCGUCGGAGGUGCUCACAGUCCCAUGUACACGGGCGAGCACCUCGCGGCCAAGAAUGAUGUCGUCGUUGUCACCUUCAACUACCGGUUGAACAUCUUCGGAUUCUCCGGUGCCCCCGGGCUCCCCCAGAAUGUCGGUCUGCUGGACCAGCGCAUGGCCAUCGAAUGGGUGCACAGCAACAUCGCGGCGUUUGGCGGAGACCCAGGGCGCAUCACCAUCUUCGGGCAGUCCGCCGGCGGCGCCUCGGUCGACUACUACUCAUAUAUCUGGACGGACAAGCCGCUGGUCCGCGGCUUGAUCUCCCACUCAGGCACGGCCUUGAGCUUCCGACCCAACACCGCCGAGGAAUCAGCCAGCUACUUCUACUACGUCGCCGGCACCCUCGGCUGCGGCAACUCCACGGACCCCGUCGACCAGGUGGUCGCGUGCCUCCGUCAGCAGCCCGUCGCCGCGGUGCUAUCGGCCGUGAAGAAAGUGCCGUUUGCCCCGUCGCCUGCUCUGCCCCAGCCACAGUUCCACCCCACCGUGGACGGGGUGACGGUGUUCGAUAACUACGCCGAGCGCUCGGCACAGGGCAAGUUCAUCAAGACUCCCUACCUCAUCACAAGCAACAACAACGAAGCGGGAUACUACCGCAUCAACGCCUUCGCCGGCGGGAUCGACCUCACCGACGAGGCCUGGAACCGGUUCAACCAGGCUGCGUUUACCUGUCCUUCCUCUCGCGCUGCGGCCGACCGCGCCGCGCACGGCGUUUCCACCUGGCAGGCACGGUACUUUGGCGAUUUCUGGAACCUGAGGCUCUACCCGACUAGCGGGGCGUAUCACGGGACGGAUCUGCACAUGGUCUUUGGCACGGCGGAGGAGAUCACGGGGAUCCCGGAUAGUGAGGUGGAAAGAAAGACGAAUGCGUAUAUCUCCUCUGCGUGGGUGGAGUUUGCGAAGGAUCCGGAACGCGGGUUGGAGAAGCUGGGGUGGCCGAAGUAUAAGCCUACUGGUGAGGGUCUGGUCGCUUUUGUCGUCGAUGAGGGCAUGCUAACGAGGAUAGGGAAAACGCUCGUCGGACUGGGAUACAAGAAUGAGUCCAAGGCGCGUAUUCUGGACCAGAAGGUGUAUGAUGCCGGCUGCGCCGCACUGAAUGGAGAUACUACACCCGGCAAGGGGGCAUUUUAA